AACAUGGCGGAAAUAUCACAAAUUUUGUCUGUAAACGAAGCAGAAUUAUAUGUACAAGUCCUUCAAAGAAACAAAAUUCAAGACCUUGGAAAUUCAAAAUGGCAGGAUAACCACGAUAAAAUAGAAAGGCUAAACAUGCAGGCAUUGGCAAAUGCCACUUUGAAUACUGAUGAAUUUGUAAAAGAGCUUAUAAUUUCAUAUGAGAAGAUUCCUAUUCUGAUUCAUGAUUUACUAACAAAUGAAUUGUGGAGAAGUAAAGUUCUACCUAUUAUCCUUCAAUCUAAGUUCAAACCUGCCUCAACAUUACCUGUUUAUAUGGUGAUUUUUCAUGAAGUUAGUUUAAUCAGUCUUUUGGAAACUAUUAUGUUUUACAAGGAGAGCUGUGAAGCUGCUGGUGAUAAUCUAAUAGAUCUGGUUGACUAUUGUCAUAGACAAAUUACAUAUUUGGUGUCAAGUCAAGACCAAAACAUGGAUGAAUUUUGUGCAACUAAUUCUUCAAUUCAGGAAUUGGUUUGUCAAGGACAAGUAAUUAGGUUUAAUGUCAGCAUUAAAUCGCUAUCAAUUUUGUGUUAUAUCCUUGAUCAUAUAUCAAGUUUACCAUUGAGUGUCAUGACCAGAAUUCUCAAUACACAUGAUAUACCAGUGGUUUUGGUACAAUUAGCUGAAAAACCUCCGUGGGUAAAACGAGACACCAAAGGCCAACUUCAAAAGUUUAUCGAUGGAAAAUGGAAGAAUUUGCCUGAUGCAGAAAGAUUUCAAGUUACUAAAAGUGAUGGACAGGUUUGGCUGUCGUUGUACCAUCUUUUAAUGAAUCCAGAAUGCCGACGUAAAUAUGAAUUUAACACUUACAAUAAAACCCAGAUUCUGAAGCUUCGAGGCCUUAUGAAUGAAAUUCUUCUUGAUCAAAUCCCCAAUCUUAUCGAUUUACAAAAAUUUAUCGAACAACUUGCUGUCGUUGAUCCACCUAUUGCAAAAAAAGAUCUGGUUUUAGAGCAGAUUCCUGAAAUAAGAGAAAAGCUUCUAAAAGAUAAUAAAAAUAAAUGGAAUAAAAUUGCUCAACAUCAAAUGAGUGGAUGGCUAAAUCCAUCUGGAAAACAAUUGAUGAAUCAAGCCAAACUGUGGGCAGAUACUUAUAACAUCGAUUCUCUUGAAGGCUUAAUUGCAGAACCUCCAAAAUGUGCUAAUUGUGCAGAGUUGGCUAGCAAGAGAUGUUCACGGUGUCGCAACGAAUGGUACUGCAAAAGAGAAUGUCAGGUUAAACAUUGGGCUAAGCACAAAGCAUCAUGUAAUUUAAUGGCAGAAGUAAAUAAGACGUGAAUAAUCUAAAAAUGGAACUGUCGAAAGAAUGACUGAAUUGCUUGUGUAUUUUGUCAAAAUUAGCUCGUACACUUAAGGCACACAUUUUGUAAAUAACUGAAUGUGAUAUUUAAGAAAUUAUGUUAUAUUUUUAUUAUAUAUAAUAUAUGAAAGUUGUGGCGUAAAUUAUCUGAAAAUGGAACUUUAGAGCGAAUGAUCGGAUUGCCUGUGUACUUUGUUAAAAUUGGAUCAUGCAUUUAAGGUGCAGGCGCACAUUAUGUAAAUAGUUUACAGUGAUAUCUUAGGAAAUUAUGUUAAAUUUUUGUGAACGUUGUUCCAAUAUUUGACGAUGUACAAUUUAAAGAACCCUAUAUGCUUAAAAGAUAGCAGAACAAAAUGAAUUAGACAAACUGUCGCUCUCA